AUGUUGCUCCGGCCCCGGCGGCCACCCCCGCCCGCACCCGCAGCAUCGCUGGCGCACGACGGCUCAGACCUCGAGCCACGGGCGGCUGGGGAGGUCCCGGGGACUCCGCCUGGACGGCCCGCCUCGCCAGGCGCAUCGGGGGCCCCCGAGUUUUUCGGAUCCCCAGUGUCCCCAGGCUCAGCGCAGCGCACGCCCUGGAGCGCCCACGAGACGGAGUUGCUACUGGGCACGCUGCUGCAGCCGGCCGUGUGGCGUGCGCUCCUGCUGGACCGUCGCCGGGCGCUGCCUACCUACCGGCGCGUGUCCGCCGAGCUGGCCCGCCAGCAGGUAAGGCGGACGCCCGCGCAGUGCCGCCGCCGCUACAAGUUCCUCAAGGACAAACUCCGAGACGCGCAAGACCAGCCGCCCGGACCCUUUGACGCGCAGAUCCGCGAGCUCAUGGGCUUGCUGGGCGACACCGGGCGCAGGCGCGGCCGUCGCCGUUCUCCCGGUCCCGGACGACCCCCUCGCGGCCGCCGCCCCGCCCCUGGCGCGCCCUCCGAACAGGACGCACCGUCCUUGUCCGGCUCCCGAGACACCGACUUGGACCCUGCCUGGGCGCUCCGAUUCAAUUCUUCUCCACCCAAGCCCUCCGAGGUCCCUCGCCCCGCCAGCUCCCCGACGGCACUCCCCACCUUAACUCCCGGGCCCGGCCGCCCGGAAGAUCACGCGUCCGUCCACGCCCCCGACUCCCCGCCGCCUCUCGACCCCGCCUGGGAAGAGCCCGAAUCGCCUCCCGGCCGCCCCGAGAACCCUUCGCCGCCGCAGCCCGCGCCCCCGUCGCUGAACGCCGCCCUCCUGCAGACCCUGGGCCACCUGGGCGACAUCGUGGCCGUGCUGGGCCCACUGCGCGACCAGCUUCUGACCCUGAACCAGCACGUGGAGCAGCUGCGGGGCUCUUUCGACCAGACCGUGUCCCUGGCUGUGGGCUUCAUCCUGGGCAGCGCUGCCGCCGAGCGGGGCGUCCUGGGGGACCCGCGCCCGUGA